GAAAAGAGGUUCGCCUUUUCUGUCCCGGAGGAGUCAAGCUGCGGGCUUCAUCAUCACCCCGAACAUUUUGUUACAAUUAAAGAGGGGCGUUAUAUUUUUCAGGCUUCAGAAAUACAGCAGGAACAGCGAACUCAUCGGAAUGGCCGCGUAUAAACUGGUGCUCAUCCGUCACGGGGAGAGCAGCUGGAAUCAGGAGAACCGCUUCUGCGGAUGGUUUGACGCAGAUCUGAGCGAGACCGGGGUUCGUGAGGCGAAGAGAGGAGGGGAAGCACUGAAAGAUGCCGGCUAUGAGUUUGACGUCUGCUACACCUCCGUGCUGAAGAGGGCCAUCCGCACUCUGUGGAUUGUGCUGGACAACAUCGACCAGAUGUGGCUGCCCGUGCACCGGACCUGGAGGCUGAACGAGAGGCACUACGGGGGCCUGACCGGGCUCAACAAGGCCGAGACGGCCGCCAAGCACGGGGAGGCGCAGGUCAAGAUCUGGAGGCGGUCCUACGACACCCCCCCGCCCACCAUGGAUCCUGACCACGACUACUAUACCAACAUAAGCAAGGACCGUCGCUAUGCCGACCUGACGGAGGAACAGCUGCCCUCUUGUGAGAGCCUUAAGGACACCAUCGCCCGUGCCUUGCCCUUCUGGAAUGAGGAGAUCGUCCCGCAGAUCAAAGAGGGGAAGAGAGUCCUGAUUGCUGCUCAUGGGAACAGUCUGAGGGGCAUCGUCAAACAUCUGGAGGGCAUGUCGGAAGAGGCCAUCAUGGAGCUGAACCUCCCCACGGGAAUCCCCAUCCUGUACGAGCUGGACAAGAACCUGAAGCCGGUCAAGCCCAUGCAGUUCCUGGGAGACGAGGAGACCGUGCGCAAGGCAAUGGAGGCCGUUGCUGCUCAGGGCAAAGCCAAGAAGUAGAAGGCUUCCCCUGUCUGAGAACCCUAGAGGCAGGGCGGAGCAGUGGGGGGGUGGGGGGGGGGGUGGAGGAUGAGAGGGCAGCACUCUACAGCUCUCACUCAUAGGGAUUCACACUCGCUCUGCACACACACACCGCACACAUACUCUACACAUGCUAACACAAUGUAGCGCUUCUCUCCUAGGUCACUAUCUACUUACGCAUAGAAAGGGUUAUCCGUAUUAUACACUGGACAUGAAUAGUAUAAAGUAAGUGUGAAUAUUCGUAGGCCAGAGCAGAGAUUAGGGACCGUACUCAAAAUGAGACGGAUCCAUUUCACAAUCUGAGGUCGUGCUCGAAUGACAUUUCUUCCCCCACAUUCCUCCUUGCACUUUCAGCCCACAACCUUUAUUGAAUUUCGGUAUUUAUUUUACUGUUUCGUACUUUUGUGUCAUACUGAGGACCGUAGAGAAUGUUUGCAUGUAACAUACACUUGAAAUUUUAAACUCAAAGUGGACUGUGGAUUACAAAAGGGAAAUUUUGACAUGAAAAUGUAAUUUAGUUGGAAAGCAAAGGCAUUAUUUGCUGUGUCAGAGCACAUGGAAAUUACAACAGUGAUUGCAGUCCCUGUUUUUUUUUUUCUUGUUUAGAAUGUUUAGGUGUGUGAUUUCUAAAUGAGAUUGCACAUGGGUGUCCUACUGUAUUUUUCUGACCUACCUGGUGCACAUAGCGACACUUUAUUCAGCAGAGUUGUCUUUCCUCGCUUUUUUUGUAUUGCACAUUCCAGAGCUUCAAGACAGGGAAGAGGAAAACUGUCUUUUGUCAAUCAUGUGACCACAAUCAUAGAGCCAGUUACACCCAGAAAGGGCAUUGGCUUUUAUCCCCUUUGAGAGCUGUGGCAAAGACACCCCUCUAAUCCCCUUUUCCCCUGUGCUAAUACAUACUGUACCUCUGUGUUGCGAUUUGUUUUGUGUGUCAGUAUGUCACACCUUGUUACUGUGGGCUUGUUGAAGCUGAUUUCGCAGUGUAUAGAGUGUCUGCAUGAGAUUUUCUGUAUUAAGUUAGUGUCACGUGAGAGAUCUCCACACACUGUUCCGGAAUUCAUCCAGUCAUCGUUGACUGCCCUUGUACUGCAUGAAACCUGUAUGAGCACUGAUACGCCAGAUGCCCCUCUCAAAAGAUUGUCCAGCAAAAGGUUUAACAAGACUGAUGUAGAGAUUAAAGUGUUUUAAACCUUAAA